AUGAAUUUGACAGCAUUUUGGCCGAUGGAUUUGCGUAACACUCUCAGUGCUAUGUGGCAAAUAAUUGCUAGUCUUUGUCGAAGUGCUGCCAAUUCUAUCAAUGGUGCACUUACAGAGUUUGCUAGUGAGCCACUGAUUAGUUAUACUGCUUUUUCGGAAGCAUAUUUAAAUGUUCAGUUUCAAGCAGAACUUGAAGAUACCUGGCAAGCAGCAAUAGAUCGUUUCGGACGACAUCUUACUAUCAUUCAAACAAUUGCUCAGAUAGAUGGGCUUAUGACGGGCGUAUCAACGAAUUUUGCCGGUACUACUGCGAUGGCAUAUGGUGAUAUUCCACUUUAUGUACGUCUUUGGCAGACAUUUUACUUGUUUCCAGGUAGAAAUGAAUCAUGCUCUUGCCAUAAUGAUCUAUCUUGUCAGAUGCCAGCUGGUGUCUAUCUAUUUAAUCGCACAGAGACAUUUUCAUUUUAUAAUCUCAAUUGGAUCAUUGCCAAUAUCACAUUUCCGGGAAUCAUGUUCGAUUGUUUACCUUUUCUUUCAACAUUUGCUUCGUCAUUGGCAUGUUUUUACAAUCAAUCUUGCAUCAAUACCAUUCUCACCGUCUAUUCAAAAACAAUCAAUACAACAGUACUAAAUGAAGCAGCAAGCACUCGUUUUCCACCGACAAUGAUUCUGAAAGAAAUGGUAGAGCAACUCUUUGUCGAAAAGAUUCUUAAUACGACUUCUUUUAAUGCCUAUUAUGAAAAAUGUGCUCCAAUCUCGUGUACAUACACUUAUUCUCGUCGAUUCUAUUGGAUCUACAUUGUAACAACAUUGUUGGGCCUUUUUGGAGGACUCAAUGCAGGCUUACGUCUUUUCGUUCCAUACUUCAUCGAACUUAUAAUGAUUUUGAAACAGAAAUUACUAAAUCGGACGACUGAACCACAAAUCAAAAACUGUAAGAGAAUUACUACAUGUGAAACUAAUAUGUCAUUUUCACUAUUUAGAUAA